UCCUCGCUCGGAAAUCUCGUUUCCUCGUUUCCUUGCGUCUCGGGCAAAGGACGCUCGCGGGAGAAGACGUGGACGCAAACGCCCUUUGGAUAAGAGUCCAAUGCGGUUUAAAAGCAGAGGAGGGUUUCUGCCGCAACGUCAUGAAGGCAAUAAUGCAGCCGUCCUCCGUGCUGCUGCUCUUAUGGUUGAGCUGCGUGUCUCCUCUGGAGGGCACCAAGCCCAACUUCGUCCUGAUCAUGGUGGAUGACCUGGGGAUCGGAGACCUAGGCUGCUAUGGCAACACAACUCUGAGAACUCCCAAUAUUGACCAGCUGGCACAGGAGGGUGUGAAGCUGACCCACCACAUCGCCGCAGCGAGCCUCUGCACCCCCAGCAGGGCGGCGUUUCUCACAGGGAGAUACCCGAUACGAUCAGGUGUGGCCGGUUAUCACAGACCCGGAGUCUUUUUAUUUAACGCAGCCUCUGGAGGUCUUCCCAGCCAUGAGAUCACCUUUGCUAAUAUUGCAAAACAACAGGGCUAUAAGACCGCUCUGAUUGGAAAGUGGCACCUCGGACUGAACUGUGAGAGCAGUGAGGACCACUGCCACCACCCCAGCGUCCACGGCUUCGACUACUUCUUCGGCAUCCCCUUGACCAACCUGCGAGACUGCCGGUCUGGCCACGGCACCGUCUUCCAGUUCCAUAAAUACAUCCCAUACCGGGCGCUGGCCGCUGUCCUGGUCGCUGCCGGGUCGCUCUGCCACGUUGGCGCCAUCAACCCUCGCGGAGGGCGGGUCCUGGGCCUGCUGGGUCUGGCGGCACUGGUCACGGGUCUGGCGGUGGGAUUCGUGGCUCUGAUGCCGUACCUCAACUGCGUACUCAUGAGGAACCACCUGGUUGUCGAGCAGCCAUUCGCGUCCGAGAACCUGACCCAGAGGACGACUCGCGAGGCCGUGGACUUCUUGGAGAGGAACUCUGCAGGGCCUCUCCUCCUGUUCUUCUCUUUCAUCCAAGUGCACACAGCCAUGUUUGCGUCGGCGGCCUUCAGAGGGACGAGCCGUCACGGCAUCUACGGAGAUGCCGUCCACGAAGUGGACUGGAGCGUAGGUGAGAUCAUGAAGACUCUGGACCGACUCCAGCUGAGAGAAACCACUCUGGUUUACCUGACAUCAGACCAGGGCGCCCACGUGGAGGAAAUCUCAGCCACGGGCGAGGUCAACAGAGGGUGGAAUGGAAUAUAUAAAGCAGGGAAGUCCACAAAUUGGGAGGGAGGGAUCCGGGUGCCGGGGAUCCUGCGCUGGCCGGGAAACAUCCCCAGUGGCAGAGAGGUGGACGAGCCCACCAGCAACAUGGACCUGUUCCCCACGUUGGUGCGGCUGAGCGGAGCCUCAGUCCCAGUGGACCGGGAAAUAGAUGGCCGCGACCUCGUGGAUUUGCUUCAGGGCCGAGUUGAAAGGCCGACCCAUGAAUUUCUGUUCCACUAUUGCAACAUCUAUUUGAACGCGGUCCGAUGGCAUCCCCAAAACAGUAGCUCCGUGUGGAAAGCCUUCUACUUCACGCCAAACUUCUACCCGGAGAACGAGACGGCCUGUUUCCACACGCACACCUGCUUCUGCUCCAAGGGCUACGUGACCUACCACGACCCUCCGCUGCUCUUCGACCUCACGCGGGACCCGUCGGAGAGCACGCCGCUGACCCCCGACAAGGAGCCGGCCUUUCACUCUGUCCUGGCCGCGAUGGAGGCGGCCGUGGAGCAGCAUCGGCGGUCUGUGGAGCCCGUGGAGAGCCAGAUGUCGUGGUGGAACCUGAUGUGGAAGCCCUGGCUGCAGCCCUGCUGCUCCACGCUGGCACAGCUCUGUCAGUGUGAGCGAGAUGAAGAGCGUGGAGACGAUUAAUAAUGCACAGCUGACUCCAAAGACCACGUUUGAGUCGCAACCGGGUCAGCGAGUGUCAUGUUCUACUGAAGAGGAGUGAAGGAGUGUCAUUAGGCGUUAAAUCAAUUUCUUUUGAAAUAAUUUUGUGCAAGCAAUAUAUUGUAAAUAUACAAACUGUUUCAGACACGUAUGAACUGAUGAUAAAUACUGUAAACUGUAAUAAAAAAUGAUUUCAUCAGGAUGAUA